GUAAUCUCCUUUGUGUUAAUAAAUCUAGCUUAAGGCAUCUGAACAGAGCAGGAGGCAUCAGACAACAGGCAGCAGUCCUGGGAGAAGAGAAGAAGGCAGAGCGUAUCUGGAAGGUGCAAAGAUGCUGGUCUCUCCUGUUGCUGAGAGGAACAAGGAGAGUAUUCUGGAGGUGCUGGCUGAUUACGUAGAUGAAACGUGCUCAGCUUUUGGGCUGGAACUAGGUUCGGGGACAGGACAACAUGUGGUGCACUUUGCCCAGGCUCUGCCUACUGUCACCUGGCAACCAUCAGAGAUCAGUCCAGCUUCACAACAAAGUAUCUCAGCUUACAUCCGUGCCACCAAGGUGACCAAUGUUCGAGAGCCCCUCUUCAUAGAUGUGUCGCAGCCGUGGAACCAGUGGGCUGGCUUAGGUCAAAGCUGUUGUGACUUCAUUGUCAUUAUCAACGUGUUACACAUGACUGAUCAAGGUCUAGAGGGAAUGUUUAAAGGCGUAGGACAAUUGCUGAAACCUGGAGGCAUUUUCUUAGCCUAUGGUCCUUUUGCAAUUAAUGGGAUCAUCCUCCCGGAGUGCAACGUGAAACUAGACGAAAUGCUCCAAGCCAGGAAUCCUGAAUGGGGGCUGCGAGAUGUGGAGGAGCUCCGUCAAUUGGCAAACGUCAAUGCACUCCGGCUUGAGCGCAUGGUAAGAACUGCAGAAAACUCCAGGCCCCAGUCUGCUUUUUCCCUCCACUGCCUUCCAUUUUGCAUGUAUCUACCUAUCCUCUUCCAUUCUGUGCCUUUUUCUCCCACAGCUGGAGAUGCCUGAAUAUACAAAAUGCCUGAUCUUUCGGAGGAGGGAGUUAUGAUCUCUGACUACAGCCUGAGUAGCGAAAUUAAUUCGCAGUUUUGACAAGAAAAACAACAAUUAAAUUCUGAAGUAACAACGGAUGCAACUGUAGCUUCCUUGGAAAUUAGGUUUUAAGGCAUGGCUUCCCUGUAUCUCAAAUUUCAAAGUGAUCCCUGUAUUGCUGUACAGCACACUUACACAACUGUGCUAGAGAGUUGCUCCCCAUGAAAAGACAAAAGGAAAAAAAAAAGGCAGGACAUACAAGGAAGCACAGACUGAAAACAUUUUAAAUUACUUUAAUUGUCACUGGUUCCAUUCUGUCUACACCAGCCACUACGAGAGACACGACUCUUCAAAAGCGGUGAAGAUAAGUGAGAUGGGGGAGGGGGGGGUAUGGGCCUGGAAUACAAAAUGCUGAAAUUCAUGGAUUCUCAAAAGGUAUUGAGAGGGACAUGGGGGAAGACUUUAUUUGAAGGUGGGCAGAAUGAAGGCCACUUGAUUGGCAAGAUGCAACCAUAGGAUGUGCGCCGGGGGGGGGGGGGGGGGG